GGCCGCUCCGCUUAGCAAAGCCGCCUCGCUUCAGCCUCGGUCAUGUUGCGCCACCGCGGCUGCCUCUUCUUGCCGCUGCUCUUCCUCUUGGCGGCGGGGCCGGCUGAGGGGGAUGCCGAGACAGCCGAGCAGCUGAGCCCGUAUUUCGGCACCAAAUCCCGCUACGAGGAGCUGCACCCGUACCUCCUGCAGGACCCGCUCUCGCUGGGGCCGCGCCAGCCGGGCUUCCCGCUGCCGCCGGCCUCCUGCGCCCCGCUUCAGCUCGGCGCCGUCAUCCGCCACGGCACUCGCUUCCCGACCCGCAAGCAGAUCGAGAAGCUGGGCCGCUUCCACAGCCUCGUCCUUCGGAGGAGCAACAGCAGCAGCGGCGGCGGCAGCCCGCCCUGCCCAGCUGCCGAGCGCUUGGCGCGCUGGGAGAUGUGGCUGCGGCCCGACAUGGACGGCAAGCUGGCCUCCCGCGGGCGCCGCGAUAUGGAGAUGCUGGCCAAGCGCCUCGCCUCCCGCUUCCCCAGCUUCCUGGGCCCCAAGCGCCGCUUCGCCUUCGUCAGUAGCUCCAAACACCGGUGCCUGGACAGUAGCUCCGCCUUCCGCGACGGGCUUCGGCAGGCGCUCUACGGGCAGCAGCCCACGGCCGACAAGAAUGCCACGAUGUCAGAAACGUUUGAAAUUAAUGACAGACUCAUGAGAUUUUUUGAUCAUUGUGAAAAAUUUGUAAAAGAUGUAGAAGAUAAUAAUACAGCUAUGCAUGAGUUAGAUGCUUUCAAGGAAGGUCUUGAGAUGAAGAAGGUAGUGGAGAAAAUUGCGAAUACUUUGUGUCUACCAGUGAAUGAUCUAAAUGCAGAUUUGGUUCAGGUGGCAUUUUUCACGUGCUCAUUUGGGCUAGCUAUAAAAAACAUCAACACCCCCUGGUGCUCACUCUUCAAUAAAGAGGAUGCCAAGGUACUUGAAUAUCUCAAUGAUCUAAAGCAGUACUGGAAGAGAUCAUAUGGAUAUGAUAUCAAUAGUCGCUCCAGCUGCAUACUUUUCCAGGAUAUCUUCAAACAUUUGGACCAAGCCAUUAUGGAGAGUAAAAGUUCAAAGCCUAUUUCUUCACCUGUGAUCCUCCAAUUUGGACAUGCAGAGACUCUUCUACCACUCCUUGCUCUGAUGGGCUACUUCAAAGAUGAGCAGCCUCUUAAAGCUCACAACUACCACAGGCAGCUGCAUCGGAAGUUUCGUAGUGGCCGCAUCGUUCCUUACGCCUCAAACCUGUUGUUUGUGCUUUAUCACUGUGAUCAAGCCAGAUCUCCUGAGGAGGAGUACAAGAUUCAGAUACUGCUCAAUGAGCAACUGCUGCGGUUUCCACACUCAGGGGAGACAGUCUCUCUGUACGCAAGCCUGAAAAACCACUAUAAAGACUACCUUCAAAAUUGCCACUUUGCUGAAGUGUGCGCUAUACCCAAAAACACUACAAGUGUUGUUUGAUUGUAAAGAGGGCACAGUAGAGAAGCCAUCAUGGACACUCUUGGGUGUGCAAAUGUUUGAUAAAAUGUACUUUUUGGAGGAGGGGUUGCUACUGAUUAGGGAGAGGUAGUGUUGGCAUGCUGUGAUUUAGAAAUGUCUUAAACUUGUUUUUGCAAUUUAAAAAAAAUCCACCAAAAUCAUGAGCCUGUUAACAGGCAUACAGAACAUCUUAAAAUAGUGAGGGAAACUACUAGAUUUGCUCUGUUUCUAGAAAAGAACUGGGGUUUUUUUUAGAAUCAAGAAUGAUCUAGGGGUUAGCAUGUGUACUUCAACAUAUAGUUUAACCCAUAGUGAUGCCAGUUUUUAAUAUGAAUAGUCUCAGAAUUGGAUCAAAUUAGCUACUUUGCUGACAUACUCAUUUUUAAAAAUCUUAAAUUUUCCAAGCGACUUUCAGAUAUCCUUCUGUUAAAACUUUAUGGUCAGUUGUAGUCAUAUGACUUACGUAAAUGAUUCCUCUCUGUACAAAACAUUAGAGAUUUAGCACAGAAUUUGUGCAGCAACAGU